GAGCAUCUGUUGUCCCGUCUAGCCAAAUCCAUUUUCACGGCCAUUCACCGCCAGAGAAGAUGACCUCCUCGUGUCCAAACACCAUCUCCUCCGCUCUCGCCGCCGUUUCUCUGCCGCCGCCGCCGCCGUCGUCUUUCAGCAAGCAGACGCGCUUCAGCUUCUCGACCAGAAGCUGGAGGAGGUCUAGCAUGUCCUCCGAUCGGGAGUCUCCUCCUGUUCCCGACCGUCGCGUCGUGCUAGGUUGCGGAUUGGUUUCGUUGGACUUCUUGGCGGCGGUGGCGUCUUACCCCAAACCCGACGACAAGAUCAGGAGCACCAGCUUGAAGGUCCAAGGCGGUGGGAAUGCUGGUAAUGCUUUGACUUGCGCUGCGCGUUUGGGUUUGAAUCCGAGGCUAAUUUCGAAGGUUGCUGAUGAUGCCCAAGGCAGGGGUAUGUUGGAGGAGCUGGAGGCUGAUGGUGUUGAUACUUCCUUUUUGGUGGUUUCCAAGGAGGGGAAUUCACCAUUUACAUACGUCAUUGUUGAUGACCAAAUGAAAACUCGUACCUGUAUACAUACCCCUGGAUAUCCACCCAUGGUGCCGCAUGACCUUUCUCAAACAAACUUGCUAUCUGCAAUUGAUGGGGCAAGGAUUGUCUACUUUGAUGGGAGGUUGUAUGAAACUGCUUUAGUUGUUGCACAAGAGGCUGUUCGCAGGAAAAUUCCUAUAUUAAUUGAUGCAGAAAAGCCGAGAGAGGGUUUGGAUGACCUUUUGAAGUUGGCUGAGUAUGCAGUUUGUUCUGCAAAAUUUCCACAGGCAUGGACAGAUGCACCAUCUGUUGCUAGUGCCCUUGUAUCCUUGAUGCUUAGGUUACCAAAUCUGAGGUUCGCAAUUGUGACGUUGGGCAGUGAAGGGUGCAUUAUGCUCGAGCGAAGUAUUGAGGGUAAUUCUCAAGAAGUGGUGGAUGUGGACAACUCGUUAGAAAUUCUGAAGCGGAGAAAAGAUGGUGUUGCAACCAUUCCAACAUGUUUUUCCUCGGUAGUGUAUGCUUGCAAACUUUAUUAUGGAUGUCAUGAUUUCAAAGCAACAUAAGUUAUGGGGGAGCAUGAAAUUUGUUAUUAGUUUUUUUAGUGGAAUCUCAACCUGCAGUUCAGAGAGGAAUGCCCAUGUAACAUGAUAAGUUACCUUGUCAGUUAUGAAGUUCCCAGAGACACCCACAGCUCAGUCUUUUGCGGGGCUUCUAACUGAGGAGUUCAAAUUCCCUGGCUUGUACAGCACGCAUGAUAUCUUCUACUCUUUCUACGCGUGUUUAAAGGACCCUUUGUGAAUCAUGGACAAGCCGCAGACGGCUCACCUGAUUUAUCAAGGGUUGAUUGAGUCAACAUAUAGAUGAAUCAGGAUAACUAGCCUCCAUGACUUUCUUGGAACAUGUGUGUUGCAGACAGUGAUUUCCUUUUUGAAGUGUUCAGUGACCAAAUAGUGGCGUAGUAAAAUUUAUUCUCAUCUGUUGGAGCUUCUGCUGUCUAAUGUCACUUUUCCCACAUGUAACCUGUUUGAGAGGUCAAUCCUUGCUCUCUGGAAAGCAUUUCUUUUUUCUCUUGUUA